AACUAAAACGCUCGUCAAUUUAAAGUUCCAUUUGCAGGAGAUCCUUUAUCUGAACGAGAAACAUGACCAUCUUUAAAUUCUGGGCACUUCUUCUUGCCUACGCAUUGAUCAUUUGUCAGAUGUCCAUCUCAAUGGCAGCUCCGCCCAGAACUAGUAAGGAGUCCAUGUUGGAUGGAGUCACACUAUCAAACGAUGAUGCUGAAAUGCUUCUCAGAGCUAUAAAGGAGUUCAUGCAGAUAACCUCAGAUGAUGCAGGCCAGCAACGAGUUGAAGGGGAGAGCCUGGAUAGACCCGUGUCUAAGCGCUGCACCGGCUUAAGCACGUGUGUGUUGGGCAAACUCUCCCAGGACAUUCACAAACUCCAAACCUUUCCUCGCACUGAUGUGGGAGCUGGGACACCGGGCAAGAAGAGAAGUCUAUCUGAGCAAUAUGAAAACUACAACAGCUAAUUCAAUUGAAACUCUCAGUUUAAACAGAUCUAAGAUAUGCUUCUUCAUCCAGACCUCGACACACACGAUUUUGAAAAGAAAAAACAAGAAGUGUUUCCUUUAGUUUUAUAAUCCCAUACAGUGGAUCUUAGCAGAGAUCCACAGAGCUGCAAAAUUGUGGCAAUUCUGUACAAUGCAAUAAAAAACAUGAGAACAGCU